CGAAUGCGAACACUAGGUCCUAAUGGGCGCACCUUGGUCUAAUUUGCUGUAUAGUGGUUAUUAAAUACUAAAACAUAGAGAUAAUCCGGAUUGCACAAGUUGCGCUAGUUGCCAACAAGACGGCAUAGCAAAGGGUGACGUAUGUGGCAGCCCCGGGGUACAGCACGGUAUGGUGUGUAGGCGUUUGCUACUUCAAAGUGCGUAAUUUUUGCGUGUAAUUGCUAACACAUUCUAAUAAACGAGCUGUAACCACAGAAACCAUCGUCUGUGUAAAACCAGUGAGAAAUAUCUGGGGAGCUUACUGGGUGUUUCGUCCAAAUAUCACAACGAAAAUACUUGUUUAAUUGGUGUUGUUGAUUUUAUCAUUACCAGAAUAUCAACUGUUGGUUUGGUUGAUUUUACAGGGAUUAACCACCUGGAUGUGUAAAGGGAAAGGGGAGCAUAGGAUUCUAAGUGUAACGCGCAUUAAUGCGCAAUAGAAUUGUUUAAUAAGCUGAAGUAAAUGCAGUUGUUGAAUAUGGAGUCGUCGAAGACAUUUCUACUUUCUCGUGGUGACGUCCUCGGUGUGUACGGUGAAACCUUCUACAACCGCGUCACCCUUGUCAAUAAUGGCAUUACAAUCAACAAGACUAGGUGCUGGGUACAUCAAGCGGCAAGUGACAUAACUAAUUUUGAUGAGGUCGAAAGCGUAGAUUGCUCAUGUGGAUUCAACAGGCAUGGGCUAACUACGUGUGCACAGAAACGUUAUGUGGACUCAUGUUUGCGUGGAGUAUGGGAGAAUCGUUCACCUGAAGAACGCACUGGGAUUAUAUAUUUCGGUGAUACAAAAUGUGUGGCCCUGUUACUCGAUGAUGGCGUCUAUCUUUUCAGUACUUUCCAGGGCUGUGGUCAGAGAAAUGUAGGAUCUUUUCUACAGGAAGGUAAGCCAGAAAACCAGUCUGGUGUUAGAAAAACUGAAAUUCUAUGCCUAGAUUGUAACGAUGCUGUAAAGGUCACAACACCAAAAUACAGUGAUGUUGUUUUAGCACUGAAGGCACUGUUGCAAAAUAGCGAUAACGUAAAUGAAGGAAUGACCCUAUUGAAAAAAUUCCCCAUUAUAAAGGAUAUUUCCACAGUCUAUGAUUGUAUUGAUCAAGCACAAGAGCUUGCGAAAGCGGUAGCUUCAUUGGAAGGUCUUGUGAAAGAAACCUCCGCAAAGGGAACAUUCGAAAUGGGAGUUGAUGCCGAGUUAAUACAAAGUUGUAAUGAUCUGGCAGAAUCGUUAAUACAAUCAGUUAAAGCCGAAUUGGUCGCUGUCUGUUCUACCAUAAUAGGUCACAUAAAUAACGUAUGUCAACCUCCAUUAAAAGUGCAGCUGAGGUGGCUAAAGCAUUAUAUGGCACUUGAAUAUAGGGUUGAAUACAGUCCUGAUUAUUCGAAUUGCUUCUUUGAUGAGAUCUCAGGGCGCUACGCAUCAAAUAUUGAACGUGAGAGAGUUGUUUUACACGAAAUUGUGCAAUGUAGUCAAAUGUCUCUGGCAAGUGUGGAAGGUUGUUUCCGUUUAUCGCUCCAUCGUAUGAAGGAUUAUUUGGUUGUAAGAAAUUCAUAUAACGUUAAAAACGACACUGGUUUUGAGUUGUCGUUAAAGAACGACGUCACUUCAUUUAACACUUCAGACGUGGCCCCAUUUUGGUGGAAUUACUACAGUUUCUCCAAUACUCUAGGAGAGAGUGAUCCCAGCCAAGACACAUAUUCCGGUAAGAGACUGACAAGGUCUCAGAUUCAAAGGUCGCACGACGAUGGUGCGUCAACACCCAUCGCUCGGAAGACGCGUAAUACCCUAGAGGAGCACCUGGUCGCCACACACUGCGUUUCAUCGGAUACUCUCGGGCACUCGCAAGUAACGACUUUCGAAGUUCCUACAAAUAAUCGCAAAGACCUGGGUGAGUUUCCGCGAAGUGACGGUUCAAACAAUUCGUUGAAUUCAAAAACGACGCCAAGUUUGUCUCAAAGGUCGCUCAACGCUUUAUCUAACGGCAAGGUGGUAGAUACUUCUACUCAGUUGGGUUCCGUUUGUUUUUGUUUUAAAUGUUUAGCUGCCGCUUCCACAUUCGGUCGUCAUCUGCUGUCUUUGGAGUUCAUUGAGCAAAAUAGUCUUAGUUGCGCCAUAUUUGGAGGCUCGCCAUAUGCUGGUGGACUGGAAGAGACGUAUGAUGGGUGUCACAUAGAUGGCUGGGAUGAAUUUAAAACUGCUUCUGCACUCAGACAUUCUAUUAAGGCGGCCUUGGAUGCUAGUGUGACUUUGGGGCGUGCUUUUGUUAAUGAACAAGGCGGUGCAAAAAUAGCAUUGAGCAAUUCAAUGAAGAUAUUGAAUACUGCCCUACUUUCUACAUUGAGAUUAGGGGAUUGUCUCUAUUCUUCGAAAAACAACAUGGAGCCUCGUCUCGGUGAGCAAGAGCCAACUGUAAAAGAAUACUAUGAUGCGGGUGAAACCGUUGAAGAUGGCAAAUCAGAUGGUUCUUGUUCUUCUGAGUCAACACUUCGCGAUAUUAUAAGCAAUAGUUUUGUCCUUAGCGGCAAUUGCUACCAGGGCUUCUAUAGCACGUUUGAGAAUGACCAGUAUAUACAGCAUGAUUUGGAGGAGAUCGAAGAUAAUGUAUCAUAUCACAGUCCUAGGACUAAUGCAAGUCAAAGUCCGCGGAGGAAAACGACAAGCCCUUCAAGGUCACACACGCUGACCAAUCCUCGACAAGCCACUGUUGAAAGUAAUACUGAGACAAACCGCACUACACGUAAGGCUGCCAGGGAGAAUAAUGAAGUAUACAUCUAUGAUCUCGGUGAAAGGAACGAUGCUAUGUCUGAGUCGGCGGUUGAAGAAUGGUAUGACAGUGACAGUAGCGUGCGUGGGUCGCGUAGGCAGCGUCAAAAGCCAAGUGCAAUUUCUGUCACAGAAAUGUAUGGAAACCAUGAUGCUCUUAUCCCCAUGGGUCCAUUACCUAUUGGUGUUUACUUUGAUGCAAGUCGGAAGUUGUGGCGUUGCCAAUGGCGUGAAAAUGGAAAGUUUCGUACAAAAGGUUUCAGUUUAGGACACUAUUCGUCUCUAUGUGAAGCUAGGCGCGCAUGCAUUCUUUUCCGUUGUCAAGUUGGAAACAUGCCGGUCCAGCCAGAAUGGCUUAACCCAAAUUAUGUUCAAGUUUCUCAACUACUUUCUAAACGUUCUACCGCAACAAGCACAAGUUCAUCCACCCCUAAGAAAUCUAAACGUAAGCGCAGAUCACAUUCUGCUUCUGUAGAUGUUGAUACCUCUAAAUGAGAUAGAGGUUGCAAUAAAAUAUUGCUUUUAAAUUGUCAUUAUCUAUC